ACUUAGUAAAAAAAUGAAAAUUUUCUUUGACUUAACCAUAUCAAGAAUUCUUUAAUAAUAUACUGAUUUUACAACUUCAAAUUUUCGUUCUCAUUUCCUUGUUUUUUAUUUUUAUUUUUAUGGUGUUUGGUGGCAAAGAAAAUUCAAUCUUUGUUAACUUAUAUAAGAAUCCUUUUACCAACACUAGCUUCAGUUUCUCCAGUUGUAGUUCAAUCUCUCAUUCACUUUCGGAGAAAAUGGAAUCAUACAAAAUUUUAGCUAUUGCAGCUUUGCUUCUCGUCUUUUUGCCUAACGCUGCUAUAGGUGAUCUUGGUGACUUAUCACCUGCCCUGGCUCCUUUCUAUGAAAAGGUGUGUGAUGAUGUUGAGUGUGGAAAGGGAACAUGCAAAGCAGACAUAAGGUACCCUUUGAACUACAUCUGUGAGUGUGAUGCUGGUUGGAAGAGAACUAGAUAUGACGACGACAGUGAUGAUGAUCUCAAGUUUCUACCAUGUGUGAUUCCAAACUGUACUCUUGAUUACUCUUGCCAGCCAGCUCCUCCUCCAGUACCCGAGAAAGAAGUUCCUCACAAUUCAUCUUUCUUUGAUCCUUGCUACUGGAUUUACUGUGGAGAAGGAACAUGCAACAAAACAGCAACAUACAAGCACAUAUGUGAAUGCAACCCUGGGUACUCCAAUCUUCUCAACAGAACAUACUUUCCUUGCUACAGUCAAUGUACACUUGGAUCGGAUUGCUCCCGCCUUGGGAUUACAGUUUCAAAUCAGCAAUCAACACCAGCUGGUGGAAAAGCUAGCACAUUCCUGCCAGGGAAGCUUCAUUGGGCGGCUAUUUUGGUGAUGUCCAUGGUUAUGGUUCUAUGGAAGUAGGAAGUUGAGUAAAUCAGACCCUCAGCUCACUAGCCUUUAGUGUCAUCAUACGAGAGUCGAUUAUACUUGGAUAUUUGAUGUAUCGUGUUGAUUUUAUUAUUCGAUGUAUUGUGUUCAUUUGAUUAUUCAGUCAGAUUCUUCCAUGUUGUUUCAGUCCAUAUAUGUAAGUAAAAGAAGUCGGGCGUAGUGAGGGAUGAUUGCUGUGUAGAGAACUCUAUUAUAGUUCUUUUUGAAUAUAAAAUAAAGUAGCUUUAUUAUUUUUUGUUAUUUACCAAUAAACUAGUUUGUCUCAAGCACAAAAAGUUAUAUCCCCAAUCAAAACCUGCCCUAUACGCCCCAUCCCAAGUCA